GAGGGUAUAAAUAAAAGCGGUGAGGAGAGCACUGGGGGCGCUCGGCUCCGACAAGGAAGGCCACCGGAGCCGACGGGCCUGACCCAACCACUUCGCCCGCCGCCCCUCGCCUUUCCCCGCCAUUAAUGGCUGCCUCUCUCUCCUCCACCUCCUCCUCCUUCUAGAAGCGGCGGCAGUAUCGGAUCCCCAUCUCUCUCUCUGUCUCUGGCGCGUGGCUCGAGGCCAACGCACGAGGCGUGAGCGAGAAAAAGAGAUCUAUCUCAAUCUCACCCUUGUUUCAUCCAUCCGCACGCACAAAGGUCUCACCUUUUGUGCUCCUCUCUCUCUCUCUCUCUCUCUCUCUCUCUCUCGCAGAGUGCAGCUGUGCUUCCAUCUUGCGAGCUCAGAGAGAGGAUUUGGCCGUCUCGGUUCGGCUUGUUCAAUCGGAGCUUCUGAUUCGGUUGGAGCUGGGAGGUUGUUGGUUCUUGCGAUUUGCGUGCUCUGUUUCAUUCCUCGGAGUUGCACUUCUUCCGUAGCUCCCUUUCCGACUUCUGGUGAUCCGAUUGGAGCCAAAAUUAAGGCUGCUUCUUUUCGAGGCCUUGCCGUUCCUGGAUUAAUUCGGCGUCGCCAUGGGGAAUUGCUGGGGCGCCAAGAUCAGCUCCGACAGCCCUUCCCGCUGCGCCUCCUCCCCUUCAGGGGCAACUUCCAAGUUUGCUAGUAAGAAUGGGGUAGCCUUGAGCAACUGCAGCAGCCAUGCCUCAUCGGCGUCAAUGCUGCCAACCCCACGGAGCGAGGAUGAGAUUCUGGAGUCAGCAAAUGUCAAGGCCUUCACCUUCAACGAGCUGAGAACUGCCACCAGAAACUUUAGACCAGACAGCGUGCUAGGCGAGGGUGGGUUUGGGUUGGUCUUCAAGGGGUGGAUCGAUGAGAAGACGCUCGCCCCAACUAGACCAGGCACAGGGAUGGUGAUUGCUGUCAAGAAGCUGAACCAGGAAAGUUACCAGGGCCACAAGGAAUGGCUGGCUGAAGUGAAUUAUCUUGGAACGCUGUCGCACCCAUAUCUUGUAAAGCUCGUUGGCUACUGUCUCGAAGACGAACAGCGGCUCCUUGUGUAUGAAUUCAUGUCACGCGGGAGUUUGGAGAAUCAUCUGUUCAGGAGGAGCACCCAUUUCCAGCCACUGUCCUGGAACCUUCGAAUGAAAAUUGCCCUCGGAGCGGCGAAAGGGCUUGCCUUUCUCCACAGCGAUGAGGCUAAAGUCAUCUACCGUGAUUUCAAGACCUCUAAUGUCCUUCUAGACGCGAACUUCAAUGCUAAGCUCUCUGAUUUCGGGCUGGCGAAGGAUGGUCCAACUGGUGACAAGAGCCAUGUAUCCACUAGGGUGAUGGGGACUCAUGGGUACGCUGCUCCAGAAUACCUUGCGACAGGUCAUCUGACCACCAAGAGCGAUGUCUACAGCUUCGGAGUAGUACUCCUAGAAAUGCUGUCAGGGCGCCGUGCACUGGACAAGAACCGCCCGAACGGGGAGCAUGUCCUGGUGGAAUGGGCUAGGCCGUACCUGAGAAGCAAGCGGCGGAUAUUCCGCAUCCUGGACCCCCGUCUGGGCGGGCAAUACUCCCUUGCUAGGGCGCAGAAGGCUGCAGAAUUGGCACUGCAAUGCCUCUCAGUGGAGUCCAGGCACAGGCCCAGCAUGGACGAGGUGGUUAUAGAAUUAGAAAAGCUCCAGGACUCCAAGGAGGGAGGUAACCCUCAGUUACAGAAGAGGCCGAGCAAUCGGAACUUAGACAGCAAUGGCACAAAGGCGUCGACCAAGGGGAAGCCUGCUUCUCCAAACCCAGUUUGAGUGAGUGAAUCGUAAGCUGAGUUUUUCUCUUUUGCAGGUGUAGGUUAUAUAGGCUCAUAGAGUGAUUUGUAAAGAGGCAGAGUUCUCAAUCUUUUGCGCUUAUCAUGUAGUUUUUGCAUCUUCAAGUCUUUGUAAAAUACAGUAUGUAAAUACAUACUUACAUCCAGUUCGAGUGUUGUGAAGUUCUGUUCAAGCCAAAAGCUCAGCACGCUGUUAGAUCUC